AUGAAGGUCACGCUGCGUGCAAUCAACACAACUUUGAAGAGCAGCAUUGGCCGUGACCUUUCCCACUUCGCUGUGCACAAAGACCUCGUGUACUCGGCACAGACCAUGCCGCUGCAGCCGCCAGACGGUCGAGAGCGCCCCCUGCUGAAGGGCGUGGCCGAUCAAGAGAAGGUCGGCGUCAAGAGCAUGAAAUUGCUGGCCAGCCAGCUGCGAGCACUCUACGAGCCAGACUGUCUCCAUGGAAAUGCCUUGGUUCGCGGAGGCCAAGCAAUCAACAUGCUUAAGGCCACGAUCCUCAGCGCUACUUCCCACGGACCGUUCCAGGGGGGCGCCACGUGGUUGUCAAAGCAAGAGGUUGCUCAGAAGUACAUCCAGAAACAUCGACACGACAGGGACAAAUGGCUGGAGAUUUCGGAAUUGCUCCUCUUGGACCAGAGCCAGGAAGUCGACGAGGAUGAGGUACCUAGGUUCAUUGAGACAUGGGCUGAUCACGAGGCCGCGCGGAAGCGUGGAAUGUACGCUUCAUGGCAGCAAUCAAUGCUAGUCAGCUUAAAGAUCGCGGCCAUUCGCGGAAAGGGGUGGUUUGCUCUAACCGAGCGCUGCGGCACACUCGCCGCGGAGUGGACCGUCAGUGCCGAGAUCAUGGCAGACUUGGCAGCCGAACAACAGGACAAAGACCUCGAGGAUCCUCCCGAAGAAAAGAUUGACUUCGUCGAUGAAGAGCCUGAGGAGCCCACAACGACCAAGGAGUUUCAAAAGUGGAGGGCCAAGUUUGCGAACAAUGUCCAACUCAGUGCAGAAAUGCUGCAGGACCGGCGCUUGCAGUCGCGCAUCCGGAUGAUAGCCCUGACAACGGAGGAGGUCAGCAAGGAGUUCUAUCGGACAAACAAAGCACAGAAGAGUGGACAGGACGGCAACGGCAACAUGCUAGGGAUCACCAGCUGCGCUGGACAGCUGAUCGAUUUGAAGGGAGUGGAUAUGUCACUCUACACCGAAGCAGACCUGCUGGCGGACGCAUGGAAGGUGAUCCUUGAGCUGGCUUCGGCUAGGCCUGUUCUUCACCGCAUGACUGACUGCCGCUGGGCGUGGUCACAAGCAAUGUACUGGAGCUGUCUGCCCUUCCUCCUGGCCUGCAUCUUUGCCUCCGAGGGAGCGCAGCAGGAAGGCAUGCGUCUCAUACGCGAGCUUGACAGAGCCUUGGAUCGCGCACACCGCUUCUUGGAAGCCGGCAGAGACGAGGACGACAGCAUCGGUGCUGCCGUAAGAGAACUGCUGGAGGAUGUCUGGUUUCAUCGUUGCCCGUUGGUGCUUGAGGUUUUCCAAGCGUGCAGAAACGCAGGGUAUGCGGCCGAUGAUGACGAGCUGCUUACCAUCGCGUUUAGCUGCUUCGGCGGACCAUCGAACACAAAGCACGCGGCGGAAGACGUCUUCGCACACCUUCACCACGUGGCUGCUCGCAGCCAAAAAGGGAACCUACGCAUGUCCAAGUGGCUUUGGCUGGCGGCUAGGGUGUUGAGUCCCGGGUGGUCGAAGUUUUUCUAUUGUACAACUUGCCAGUCCACACGUGAGAAUGGAUACAAGCACAUCACUUGCGCCGCGGCCGACUAUGGCACAGUGGAGCGCCUGAAAUCGGAGAGAUAUGGCUUGUACUUCGGCGCAACGCAAGCGCCUCCCAGCCACUUGCAGCUGGACUCCGUGGAGCAGGUCAGCAAGAAGUGGGGGAAAGCAGGAACAUUGGCCGACAUGAGGAUGGCUGCUGCCACAAUGACCCUGGCGAAAUGCUAUUCCGAAGACUUCCAGGAUUUGGACAAGUUCUGGGCAGGUAUGUUCUUGCUGAAGGGCAUGGUCAUACUCAAUGCUGACGAGGACGGUGCAAACUUGUGCUUAGGCUGGCGCAAGUGGGCAGCUCAGAGUAUCCCCCUCGACAUCCAGAAGGGUCCCGAUGGCAACCUCCUCUUCCGCCUGCCUCCUCUGCAGGAGGGAGAGGUUCAGCGGCCGUAUUGGCUGUGGGCUACCUCAGCCGACGCGACUGAUACGCAGUUCAAGGCGUGCACGGUGCAGGUUCUGCACCCUGCAUGCGUCCCCCAUGCACAGCGGCAGCACAGCUGCCUUCUACAGCAAGCGAGCCCCAUCGAGCCCCUCGUCAAGGCCGCACUUCGUUCCGGCCAAUGUUUUUUGGACGUACCAACCCUCAAAAAAUGCUCUCUGGCGAACAAUGCCUCGCAGCCAGUACCAACUGGGAAGCUGAACAAGGCCGGCCGACGCAACGUCGUCAAGCGUGACCGAGCUUUGGCAUUGCUGGCAGCCAUAUUUCCUGACCUCGAGCAAGGAAGCCCUGAACACACCAAGAUCUUGAACGGUGUCCUAGGCACCACGUCGGUGAGAAUGUCAGAGGACGUUGCGGAAGACGUGCUUUCAGGAGUUCUUGCCCUUGAUCAGGACAACCAGCAAAAAUUCUCGGGGCUUCGCCAGAUGGCCUCGAAGAUCAAGGAUGAACACAUGAUUGAGGCUGAGAUCAAGAAACGUCGAGGCGAGGGUGCUGGACCCAACCAGAAUGAGCUGCUUCCUGGGCGUGGCCAACUGAGAGAGUGCUACCUGCAGCGCAAUCCGGUUGCGCGCACGUAUCAGGCAUUUUAUCCAGUCGACCGUGCCGCCGGGUUUGGAUCGGGAUCGAGAUGCUGCACCUGGGGCGGCGCCCAACGCAACCUGAGUGAAGAAGAAGCACUGCAGGAGGUCGUCGAGAAAAUUUGGACCUUGCAUUUCCUGUAUGGCAAGCACAUCCAGCCUGGUGAAGAGCAGACCCUCGGAUCUUUCUGGCCAUCACGUCAGCAAGUGCGGGAGCUACUGGAGAGGCUGCGUGAAGAGCGUGAGCGCGAUGUAGCUCCCGCAGAUCCACCAGCGGCCACUUGCAGUAGUGCGCCAGCGUUGGCAGCUAGCAGUGGUGCUGCUGCUAGCAGUGGUGCUGCUGGUGCCGAUGCGAAGGCAAAGGCUUCUUCCAGAGGCAGAGGAGGUAGAGGUCGUAGAGGCAGGGGUGCCGGCGAGCAAGAGUCGGCAGAGCCAGCCGCAAAGCGGCAGACUCGUAAAACCAAGGCCGCCGGUGUUCCUGAGGAAGUGUCGGCAGAGCCAGCCGCGAAGCGGCGGAAGCAGUGA